GUUAGUCAGAGGAGAACCUGUAACAGAAAAGAAAGGCAUCCGCAGAAGAACCUCAGGCUUCGGCACCCAGCGACUCCUCGAGGAGCAGAGCUGGAGUUUGUGCACGAUCUUCGGCGCUCGCGCCCAUGCAUUUGACCGAUGCCAUGAUUGGAUUGUGAACGCGGAGCUUGCGCUUUUGUUUAGUUGUUUUUUGUUUGUGUAUAUCAAGCACUGAGAUCAAGAGAGCAGCACAGAAGUUUCCACUCCUCUAACUACAGGAAUGUCCCACAAGGAGAGACCGACUUUCUAUCGACAGGAGCUCAAUAAGACCAUAUGGGAGGUGCCGGAGCGCUACCAGAACUUGUCGCCCGUGGGUUCUGGAGCUUAUGGAACCGUGUGCUCCGCGUUAGACACAAAGUCAGGCCUGAGGGUCGCCGUCAAGAAGCUGUCCCGGCCGUUUCAGUCCAUCAUCCACGCCAAGCGCACAUACAGAGAACUGCAGCUCCUCAAACACAUGAAGCACGAGAAUGUAAUUGGUCUACUAGAUGCUUUCUCGCCUGCUACCUCUCUAGCAGAAUUCAAUGACGUGUAUCUGGUGACCCACCUCAUGGGAGCAGACCUCAAUAAUAUCGUCAAGUGCCAGAAGCUGACGGAUGAUCACGUCCAGUUCCUCAUUUAUCAGAUCCUGCGAGGACUGAAGUAUAUUCACUCGGCGGACAUCAUCCACAGAGAUCUUAAACCCAGUAACUUGGCUGUAAAUGAAGACUGUGAACUUAAGAUUCUGGACUUUGGACUGGCCCGGCUGACUGAUGAUGAAAUGACGGGAUACGUUGCCACCCGAUGGUACCGUGCCCCAGAGAUCAUGCUCAACUGGAUGCACUACAACAUGACAGUGGACAUCUGGUCGGUGGGCUGCAUAAUGGCUGAGCUCCUCACAGGACGGACCCUGUUUCCCGGCACUGAUCAUAUAAACCAGCUUCAGCAGAUAAUGCGACUGACGGGAACCCCGCCGGCCUCUCUAAUAAGCAGGAUGCCGAGCCACGAGGCCAGGAACUACAUCAAUUCCCUUACUUAUAUGCCCAAGAGGAACUUCGCAGAGGUGUUUAUUGGUGCAAACCCAAUGGCUGUGGACCUGCUGGAGAAGAUGCUGGUUCUGGACACAGAUAAACGGAUUACUGCGUCACAGGCUCUCGCGCACCCGUACUUCUCCCAGUACCACGACCCGGACGACGAGCCCGAGGCAGAGCCCUACGACCAGAGCUUCGAGAGCCGCGAACUAGACAUCGAAGAGUGGAAACGGCUCACGUAUGAAGAGGUGAUCAGCUUCGAGCCUCCCGACGGAGACGAGAUGGAGUCAUGAAGGCUGCUCCACCUCCAGGACCUUCAUCCGUACAUGAAAAUGACAUUCAAGUGCCUGCCAUCAUCAAGCGCUGGCUUCCCCGUGUUCUGAGUCUGCUUAUCCAUGCCUUCAUACACGCUCUGUCAAAUAAGGGGAAAAGAAAACGUGCAAACUUUAAAAAAAAGGACACCGAGAAUGUAAGGUUUUGUGUCCUGUGCCCCAGUAAGUUCAAGCCCACAUAUUGUCAUCAUUUACUUGCCUCAUGUUUUUCUAAACCUGUAUGAGUUUCUUUCAUCUGUU